CCGUCUCUUUCUCUGGAUAUACUUUCCAAGCUGCUGACUGCGCCUUCCUCUCUCCCUUCUCCCCUCCCUUCUCUCCUCCCCUUUCCUCCUCCUCUUUCCCCUCCCAACCCCUCCUCCUCUAGUCAGUGGCUUGAAACUUUUUAAAAGCUCUCUGUGCUCAAAGUUAGGGGGGGAAAAACUUUUAUGAGGGAUCAGCACUUUCAGUAGGGGGAAGGAGCGAGCGAGGAGAGCACAAAAUAGCAGCAGCCUUUUAAACUUUAAAUAGACAGGUUGGAGAGACUGAACUAGCUUUUCCAUUUUCCUUCACCCACCGAGAGUUCUACCACUUGUUGGACGGCUUUACUCUCAAACUAGAGAAGGCGGCGCCCGGGCACCAUGGGGGACUGGAGCGCCUUGGGCAAGCUCCUCGACAAAGUCCAGGCCUACUCGACGGCGGGCGGGAAGGUCUGGCUGUCGGUCCUGUUCAUCUUCCGGAUCCUGCUCCUGGGGACGGCGGUGGAGUCGGCCUGGGGGGACGAGCAGUCGGCCUUCCGGUGCAACACGCAGCAGCCCGGUUGCGAGAACGUCUGCUACGACAAGUCCUUCCCCAUCUCCCACGUGCGCUUCUGGGUCCUGCAGAUCAUCUUCGUCUCGGUGCCCACCCUCCUCUACCUGGCGCACGUCUUCUACGUCAUGCGCAAGGAGGAGAAGCUGAACAAGAAGGAGGAGGAGCUCAAGGUGGCGCAGACGGAAGGCACCAACGUGGACAUGCACCUGAAGCAGAUCGAGAUCAAGAAGUUCAAAUACGGGAUCGAGGAGCACGGCAAGGUGAAGAUGCGCGGCGGCCUGCUCCGCACCUACAUCAUCAGCAUCCUCUUCAAGUCCGUCUUCGAGGUGGCCUUCCUCCUCAUCCAGUGGUACAUCUACGGGUUCAGCCUCAGCGCCGUGUACACGUGCCAGAGGGACCCCUGCCCGCACCAGGUCGACUGCUUCCUCUCCCGGCCCACGGAGAAGACCAUCUUCAUCAUCUUCAUGCUGGUGGUGUCCCUGGUGUCCCUGGCCCUGAACAUCAUCGAGCUCUUCUACGUCUUCUUCAAGGGGGUGAAGGACCGCGUCAAGGGCCGGAGCGACCCCUACCACUCGGCCGCCGGCCCCCUGAGCCCCGGCAAGGACUGCGGCUCCACCAAGUACGCCUACUUCAACGGCUGCUCCUCCCCCACGGCCCCGCUCUCGCCCAUGUCCCCGCCGGGCUACAAGCUGGUGACCGGCGACCGGAACAAUUCCUCCUGCCGCAACUACAACAAGCAGGCCAGCGAGCAGAACUGGGCCAACUACAGCGCCGAGCAGAACCGGAUGGGCCAGGCCGGGAGCACCAUCUCCAACUCCCACGCCCAGCCCUUCGACUUCCCCGACGACAACCAGAACACGAAAAAGCUGGCCGCCGUCGGGCACGAGCUGCAGCCUCUGGCCGCGGCGGACCAGAGGCCCUCCAGCCGGGCCAGCAGCCGCGCCAGCAGCCGACCCCGGCCCGACGACCUGGAGAUCUAACUCUCCCCGGCCGCCCACCCGGGUACGCGGCGGGGCUGGGGGCGGCGGG